AAUCUCAAAUAUUUUUUUAGAACAUGUCCGACGUAACAGCAACCAUCGAAGAGCCCGUCAUUGUUGACGCCCCGGUCGUAGCAGAUGUACCAGCUGAGGUUCCAGUAGCCGCUCCAGUCGAAGAGCCAGUUGUUGUUGCCACUCCAGUGGAAGAGUCAGUUGUAGUAGCCGCUCCAGUUGAAGAGCCAGUAGCCGCUCCAGUUGAAGAGGUAGUUGCCGCUCCAGUCGAAGAGGUAGUUGCCGCUCCAGUUGCCGCUCCUGUCGAAGAGGUUGUUGCCGCUCCAGUCGAAGAGGUAGUUGCCGCUCCUGUAGAAGAGCCAGUUGCCGCUCCAGUCGAAGAGCCAGCUGCAGUUGAAGAGCCAGUUGUUGUUGCCGCUCCAGUUGAAGAGCCAGUUGCAGUUGUCGAAGAGCCCAAAGCUGAGGAAACUCCAGCACCAGUCGAGACUCCAGUAGAGGUCGAGACUCCUGCUGAGCCUGAGGCUCCUGUCGUCAUUGACACUCCCGCUCCUGCUGCCAUCGAUGAGCCCGUUCUCGUAGAAAAAGAAGGCUCAUUGACCAUGUCUGAUGCUUCACUUCUCGACUACAAGAUGUCGGAUGGAGUGUUAGUCGAGGCUCUCUCACUCACAGAAACUAAAGAGGAGACAGUAGUCGUUGAAGCACCAGUCACAGAAUCAGAGAGUUCAGAUAGCCCUUCACUCCCCACCUCAGACUCACCCUCACCAGCCGAUGAGGCCGCACCAGUUGAAAUCGCUUCUCCAGCUGCUGAAGUCCCUGAACCAGUUGUUGCUGAAGAAAAGGUUGCUGUUGAAGAACCAGUGAAAGAAGAGACUGCCCCAGCUGCAGUCCCAGAGCCUGUUGCUGCUGAGCCAGAGGCAGUCGAUGCACCUGCCGCUGAGGAAGUUUCACUUGAGCAAGUUGAUGUUUCUGUACCAGAGGCAGCUGAAGAACCUGCUGUUGAAGAAUCAGCCCCUGUUGAAGAACCUGCUGUUGAAGAAUCAGCCCCUGUUGAAGAACCUGCUGUUGAAGAAUCAGCCCCUGUUGAAGAACCUGUUGUUGAAGAAUCAGCCCCUGUUGAAGAACCUGCUGUUGAAGAAUCAGCCCCUGUUGAAGAACCUGUUGUUGAAGAAUCAGCCCCUGUCGCUGAAGAAUCAGCCCCUGUUGCUGAAGAACCUGCUGUUGUUGCAGAACCAGAACCAGUCAUCGAGGCUGCCAUACCCGUCACUGAACCCAUUCACGAAAUUCCGUCUCUUCCCAAGGCUUCUCCUAAAAAGCCAAUUGUUGUUCCACAGGAGAGUGACAGUGAUGAUGAGAUGCCACAGCUGGAAGGAGCUGAUACUGGCCCUGCCCCAGGAGCCAUGACUGAUGAGCAGAUGAGCAAGGCUAAACAGACCAGGUCAGAGAAGAAGGCAAGGAAAGCUAUCUCCAAAUUGGGACUGAAACUAGUGCCAGGAGUUGCCCGGGUUACCAUCAAGAAAUCAAAGAACAUCCUGUUCGAUCAGAAACCAGAUGUGUACAAGAGUCAGGGAGCCGAAACUUAUAUCGUCUUUGGAGAAGCUAAAAUCGAAGAUCUCAGUGCUCAGGCCCAGAUGCAGGCAGCCGAGCAGUUCAAGCCUCAGCCAGAGGCCUCAAUCACAGCUGAAGCUAAGGACGUGGCCACAGUGGACGAAGACAGCGAUGAGGAUGAAGUUGACGAAUCUGGAGUCGAGGCUAAGGAUAUCGAACUUGUCAUGGCUCAAGCGACUGUUUCCCGAGCGAAGGCGGUGAAAGCAUUGAAAAACAAUGCAAACGAUAUCGUCAAUGCGAUCAUGGAACUGACCAUGUAGCGACGCCACAUUGUGGCACGAUGGCGUCAGAGAUGACGUUGUCAUGGAGCUUCGUAGAGAAGUUCCAACGCGGACAGUUCCUAAAUUAUUUGAAAUCGACUGGUAUUUAUUUGUACUGUUUAAGAUUUUUAUUUUUUAACAAACGUCAAUUUAA